AACUCUCUUUUGCAUUCACAACCUCUUCCUUGCAGGUUGCAGGCUACAAGAAGCAUCCAGCCGUCGAGUUCUACUAUUAGCUAGUAACAACCAUGGCGAGACCAAAAGAUAAGAGUAUCAUGACAGCAUCCGGAAUUAGCACCAUUGCCACUGGCGACAGCUAUUAUGAUGUUUCCGAUAGCUCGAUGGAUAUGAGUACAUUAUUCCCCGUGCGAGAUGAAGUCAAGGAAAUAGAAAAGUCGUCUCAAGUGGACACGGCCAAUGUGCGGUUGUGGCGUCUGGCAACCACAGGAGCCCUCUUAUUGACGGCCUUUUUGGUUACGUAUGCUACCUAUCGGUUCCUGAAGAAUGAAGAAAGGAAUAAUUUUGAGACUGCGUUUGAGCAAUUCUCCCGAACCAUUGCGGUCUCUGCCAUUGCCCAACAAUCGGAUCUUCGCGAUGGAAUGGAGACGCUGGCCACGACGAUAUCGCUCUAUGCCAAGAACAACAAUGCCAACACGACGUGGCCGUUUAUUACGGUUCCCGACUUUGAACAUCAUGGCCGCAACAUGAUUCAACAAUCGCGCGUCGAAGUCGUCAAUUUAUUCACGCGCGUUGCGGCGGCCGAUCAACACGAGUAUAUCGCGUAUGCCAAUCAACAUGCCCGACAAUGGGUGGAAGAAGGGCACCAAAUACAAAAGGGAUCGUUGGAACGAUUGUUGGAUCCACUGGGGAAUAUGACGUAUCAUCCCUUUUUCACAAAAGUAGUACCCAUGGACAAUACUCCGCUGGGGAUGGGAUUUGCGCAAGAUACAGGGACUGGAGACGAAAACGAGUAUUUCUCUGCCAGUUGGCAAUUCUCCCCUCCACCAGCCACCUACGCUUUGAUCAACUGGAAUGCAAAUUCCCAUCCUGACUACGAGAUGUUGGGCCAUGCCAUUCUGGCGCUCCGCUAUGAGACUGUUGCAACCAGGGUUCGACCGUACUUUAGUGUCCCCUUGACCAUGACGGAAGAAGAGCAUGUGGCGUAUCAUAGCAAGUUGCAAGAAUCCAGUCACUUGACCCCACAUACAUUCAUUGGUAGGGCCAUCUUUCGAACGGUCAAUGAUUACGAGUCCGAUAUUGUGGCCACGCUGGGUGUGGGAAUGGCAUGGGAUGCUGCCUUGAAUGGACUGUUGCCGGCCAAUGUGGAUGGCAUUCAAUGUGUCGUCAAGAAUACCUGCAAUCAAACAUUCACUUAUGAAAUAUGGGGAGAAGAUGCCAUCUUUCGGGGAGAGGAGGAUCUUCAUUUGGCAAAGUAUGAUGACAUGAAAGUGACAGUGGAUUUGGCCCUACACACACACCCGGACUUUGAGACGACACCGGGGCACUGCAUGUACUGGAUGGAUAUUUACCCCACUGACAAGUUCAAGUCGGCCUACGAUUCCAAUACACCCGAAAUAUUUGCAGCGGUUGUCGCGGCUACUUUUGGCAUUGUGGCUGUCGUGUUCUUUAUAUAUGACACGUUUGUGCAAAAACGAAACACCAACCUGGUCCUCAAAGCCGCACAAACCAGUUCCAUUGUCACCAAUGUAUUCCCCGAACACAUGAGAGACCGUCUACUGCACCAUGCUGCGGAAGAGAAAACAAUGAUGGGAAAACGGGCCAGCCUCAAAACGUACCUGACGAGCGAUGGAAAGAUGGGAGGGGAGAUGGACCUUUCCGAACCUUUGGCCGACUUGUAUUUGGAGUGUACGGUUCUGUACGCGGAUAUUACCGGUUUCACUGCAUGGAGUUCCACGAGGGAUCCAACGCAAGUAUUCCAAUUGCUCGAAACAAUCUACUCGGCCUUUGAUUCGUUGGGCAAGAAGCACAGGCAUGUAUUCAAAGUAGAGAGUACGGGCGAUAUCUACACCGCCGUUGUUGGGAUUCCUAAUCCGGUACCGAACCAUGCCAUCGUAAUGGUGAAGUAUGCCAGAGCCAUCAUUUCAAAGAUGCAUUCCCUUACCAAGGUGCUGGAGAAAAGACUCGGCCCUGACACUGCAGAUCUUUCGUUGAGGGUUGGAAUCAAUAGUGGCCCUGUAACUGCUGGUGUUCUGAGGGGAAAGCGUAAUAACUUUUCAGUUUUUGGGGACACGGUGAACAUUGCAGCACGAAUGGAGAGCUCAGGCAAGCCAGGUCGAAUCCAUUUGUCGAAAGAGACCGCUGACUUGAUCGAAGCUUCUGGGCAUGAAAACUGGCUGGAAAAAAGAAGAGAUUUAGUGAAUAUCCAAGGGAAAGGGGUGCUGGAGACAUACUGGUUGUCUCUACACAGAGAACGGACGGAGAGUUGUACGUCGGUUGAUUCUUUCAGUGAUUUGAUAGCGUCGACGAGCUAUGGAGCCCGGCUACCAGGGUUAGACGAGAAGACUUAUCGACUCAUUGAUUGGAAUGUGGAAACGUUGCUACGUUUAGUGCGCGAGAUGGUUGCUUUUAGAGGGACCAAUGCCGCUUCUCUGCGCAGAAGGUCAACAACUGCAGGUCUCUUCGAAAUCAAAACCAGUGACACCCCGUUGACCGAAGUUCGUGAAAUUAUUCAAUUGCCUGAGUUCAAAUUGCGUUCAAAGACGAACCAGAAUCCAGACAAGGUUGAACUUCCUGCGGUCGUUGUCGAACAACUGCACCAUCUUGUGAGCACAAUCGCAAGCAAGUACCAUGACAACCCUUUCCACAAUUUCCAACAUGCCAGCCACGUUGUAAUGGGUUGCAUGAAGUUGAUCGGUCGAAUAGUCUCCCCGUCUGAAGACUUCAACGAUUCGGCAAACGCAGCCGCGUCUUUGUACGAGAACACGUAUGGCAUCACAGAUCCGCUUACUCAAUUCGCAUGCGCGUUCAGUUGUCUCAUCCAUGACGUAGACCACGUUGGGGUUUCCAAUGCCCAGCUUGUUAAGGAGAAUGUUCCUGUUGCAGCGCGUUACAAUGGGAGGAGCGUGGCCGAGCAGAAUUCUUUGGAUUUGAGCUGGGAUCUCCUCAUGCAAGAUCGAUACGGUGAGCUCAGAGCUUUCUUGUUUCCGAAGACGUCACACUUAGAACGAUUUCGGCAGUUGGUCGUGAACAGCGUCAUGGCCACGGACAUUGUCGAUAAGGAGCUGAAAGCCCUUAGAAACCGUCGAUGGGAGAAAGCCUUCAAGAAGAACGAUGCAGCUGUCAACAGUAGUACACCAGAAGAACACGUCAGGGAUACCGUCAACAGAAAGGCUACGAUUGUGAUUGAACACAUCAUCCAAGCAGCAGAUAUUUCGCACACAAUGCAGCAUUGGCAAGUCUACAGAAAAUGGAAUCAGAACUUGUUUGAAGAACUUUACGUUGCCUACUUGAAUGGCCGAAUGGACAAGGACCCAUCAACUUUCUGGUACAAUGGAGAGUUUGGAUUCUUCGACUUCUACAUUAUUCCUUUGACGAGGAAGCUCAAGGAAUGUGGCGUUUUUGGGGUAUCAUCUGAUGAAUACCUAAACUAUGCGCUGAAGAACAGGCUUGAGUGGGAAACAAAGGGUCAACAAGCAGUGACCGAAAUGCUCGAAGUCUGUGCUGCUAAGUAUGGCACAAAAGAAGACAAUAAGCUUAUGGAUAAGGCCCUCCUGUAUCCUAGACGGGGAUCCGCUGAAACAGCUUCUCAGGCAGAAGAGACUUUCAUGAAUGAAGAUGUGGAAGAAAUAGAAGUGUGAGAAAGGAGUUGCCAACGACAAUCAUCAAGAGUGUUGCUUUUGUAACGCCUGAAACGCAAAUCCUUGCUUCUUGUGAGUGGGACGGUAGUGGAGACCCCCCCUUCACUGCUGCCUGUUGCUAGGGCCGCACGGCUCCAGAAUCAACCUUUCGCAUUUCAUGUCUCAAAGCCUUCCGUCUGCCUGAAUCGGUAUGAUUUGUGUCCGUGUCCUCAAGAAAUAGCUACUCUAAGGGUUACCACAGUUUGACAAACGGAGAUUAAAUGGAGGCUACAUUUACAAGGCAUCAGUCAUAUUGGAUCACUCUGGUCUUGUCACUGAACCGGCUGAGCAGCUCGAAGAGACUGCUUAACAUUCCACGUCGCCCUCAAAAUAUUCGGACACAUUCAACACAGGAUCCAAUGACAUAUCAUGAACUUCAGCACAAAGAUCAUUCAUCAAGUUGUGAUGAUGCGUAACAAUAAUAGCAGUCUUGCCUUCUAGGAAUACUUUGAGCUUGCCCAAAAGGGUCUUUCGCGAUUCUGGGUCCAGGGCAGAAAGGACUUCAUCAAGAAUGAUGAGAUCUGCAUCUUGACAAGAGCAGAAGAGAUGUGCCAGAUUGAUUCUUUGGAGUUGCCCUCCACUCACUCCCUGCUCACCCUGAACCAGGGUUUCAUCAAGGCCAUUGGGCAAAGACCUCACAAAGUCACCAACACAAGCAGCAUCCAACGACGCCCAGAUCUCUUGGUCAGUUGGCAACCGAGAAUGCCCAUCAUAGACCCUUGCUGUGGCUGAAGAAGCCCACCAAUCACAUUCAGAAGCGUCGUUUUGCCACGCCCACUCUCGCCUACGAGAACAUGGAUCUUGCCACGGGCAAAUGAGUGACUGUAGUUAUCAAGGACCAAAUCGUCUCUACCGGGAUACUUCAAGACAAUAUCCUUCAGCGCUACUUCUUGUGCAUUUGGCAGGGAACUCCUUUCUCACCCUCUUUUUUGUCCAGCUUGGCCCAUCUCCAUUACAUUUUCAUCAGAGUCUGUGCUCGAUAGAGAAAGUUCUUCUGUUAAUGAUGCCAGGAAUGCAUCUUCUUGUUUGUUGGUUUUCGUGUCACCACGAUGAGAUUUUGCUGAGCACCCAAUGUACCGGUGAAUAGCCUUCGUUGCAUGGAUUGAGCUAAUCUCUUGUUCUUUGGCAAAAAUUAGCUGCGUAAUUGCUUUGUGGGCAUCAUCCAUUAGUAGAGAAGCAGCCAUAACUGCAGAUGCAAUAUCAAAGGCUUCUGCUGGGUAUUGUAACACUGAUUCAAUCACAAACCAGGCCUCCAAUCGAAUAAGCACAGGGAUGAUCCCAAUGAGGAAGACUCUCACAGCCUUAGAUAGGAAUGCAACUAUGAGCUCUUUUUCGAGAACCUUAUUGUUUUCCUCUUCCAGUCUGCCCAGGGUCUCCUGCUCUUCUUUGAGUUGAUUCAUCCCCUGAACCUUUGUGCUGUUCCUGAUGACAUCCAGCAAGAAUGCAUUCAUCUCGACAGAGUUUUGCUCUGUGAUGGACUGAAGUGGCUUUCGCAGUUUUGCAAAACCAAAUCCAACAAGGCAUGUUACCACAAAGAGCGUGACAGCUGUCAACCCAGCAUACCACGCAAAUGCAAACGAGAGCACCAAGGAAAGGACUAGCACGACUUUGCACUUGGUGUUGAAAGGCUCCACAUGAGCCUGGAACUCUUCAAUGACCUUUACUUUCACAAGAAGUUCAUUGGCCAUUUGGGCUACAUCAUUGGUAUUGGUUCCACUUGGUAAAGUUACUGCCUUGGUUAGUAUUUCCAUGCGGAGUGCCCGGGAUUCAUUUUUUGAUCUGGCUAAAGAGCAGGAAGUGACCAAUGCAGAGACAGCUGCCAAUGACCACGAACAAAGAACGGUCAGCCCCAUCACUGCAAAGAAUGACAGGUUGUCAAGGAAUAAGAAGUUCAGGAGUGGGCUUGUAGGCCUUCGUUCGUCAAAAGCAAAGCUCACAUAGAGGAGCUUGCGGAGGACUACGGAGUUCCACCACUUUUGAAUGACCUGCAGGAGUGCCCAGGAGACCUUGAGAGCAAAGAAAAGUGAAUCUGGAACGGACUUGACCAUGUUUCGUUUUGCGUUUGUGGAUCAAAAAUUCUUUAUGAUGGUUUUUGUAUUGAUUGUGUGUCACUUUUUGCGAGAGUCCUGAGGCAUUUGCAAUGAUUUUGUUCGUCACUAUCCUUGUGGGGAGCUAAAGCAAAAUGAGACGCACGUGAGCAGCUCGAGAGCCCGUGCACAUGUUGGUGGUACCAAUGGGGGAAUAUCUUUGGUGGGUGCCGGUACGGCGGUACAAGUACUUGUAUCGACUACUCUAGCUAGCUAGACUAGCUAGUCUAGUAAGAGUAAAAUAUUAAUAGUGUCAGGACAGAUGUCGCUUCCAAAGGGUGAGGAAGCGCUACUGGACUUUGUGCAUUUGGCC